CCACUGCUUGCAGGAAAUAGAUGCAUACAGUGCCUCUGUCCUUGUACUGUAUGUGGGGUUUUUUAUAUGAAGCUGGUACACUAAGUUUGCACUACUUGCACACUUUUCUCUCUACAAUACCCAGUAUUAUUACAUUUUUAAGAUUACUGAAAAUAUGUUUCAUUUAUCACAUGUCUGCAGUACAGUAGUACUUACAUUGUGCAUUUGCAACCUGGAGCUCUAUGUUCUUUGCUCUGGCAGCCUCAAUACAAGUAAUUACAUCUCAUCUCAGCCCUCAUUGGUGGUUGUGCACAUUUGAGUAGCUGUCCAAAUAGAGCACACUGAAGUGCGGUGAAAUUUUCUGGCCUUGCGUGCAAAGUUCAAAGCACGCAUUUUUUCUUCCUUUUCACUGUUCAACCUGCUUACCACAACACAGGAAAGCAGAUUAGAUAUUCAGGAAGUAGCUGCAGCAUGCAGCGACAGCACUGACUAUGAUGACUUCGGCUGCUGUGUGUUUGAGACUCAUUUAAUUUGCUCGCUAAUCCAUAACUAGCUUUCACUAUUUUGAGAUUCUUCUCGUUCACACUUGGCCUACACGUGCUUUCAUGAGAAUUAUGGCACCACUGCGUAAAACAUCUGUGUGGGCAUCUUUUCGCAUCCUUUGACACCCACAAACACCCUCAAGUCCAAGGAACUUCUGAGGGCAGAAAUUAUUCAAGUUUAUCAUGGAGAGGAAGGCACAUUACGAUUCUAUCCUCGACCGGAGCAAGCGCAUCACAUGGCAGGACGACUGCUACGUGGAUCUCCAGUCUACAUCCUGCUCUGUCUCUUCACAGGCAGAAACAGAGGAUCUCGGCUGGAUCCAAAAGCAUCAAGGCCAAAUGCAACGCUUCGUCACAACCUCCUUCCUGGAGGGGAUGUUAACCCACCUGAGAAAGGUGGAAGUGUUGAGUUCAGCUGAGGAGACCAAGAUUAAGGAGGCAGGCCGGCUGCAGGACCAGGUUAACGUGCUCACUACUAUCGUCACUGACAAAGACAAUCAGGGGUCCGAUGCUCUCCGGGGCUUCAUUGAGAGCUCAGACUCUCAGGUGGCUCAGCUCAUCAUUAACCACGGUUCCAUGGUGAAGGAGCACAAAGAGAUGCUGUUACGGCGAUAUGAGCAGCACAGAGACAGAGAUUCAGUCAGCUGCCCCAAACUGAACAUCUCCUCAAGAACCUUGCUCCUGGUCGAUGGACUUUCCGACCUCCAGCAAAAAGAACAUGACUUAAUGCAGGUGGGGGCGACUCGAGGAGGGAAAAGAAAUCAUCUCAGACAACUAGGGCUCACCAAACUCUUGGAGCCCCUGACCCGAGUCAGUUUGCCUCCGAGGGUCUCCCUCACAGUCGGGGUGGCAGGUAUCGGCAAGACAACCUGGGUCCGACACUUCAUCAGACAGUGGAGCCAAGGUGCCAUCUGCACAGAUGUGAGCUUCAUCUUGCCUUUAACUUUCGGUGAACUGAACUCACUGGAGAAAGUCUCUGCUGAGAGGCUGGUGAAAAUGGCUUUUCCUCAUGUAUCAGACCCCAGUCUGGUGCUGAGCAGCUCCUGCCGCACACUGCUCAUACUUGAUGGUUUGGACGAGUUCCGCUGCUCUUUAAAUUUCUCAGAUGCAGCUCCUUGCAGCGACCCAAAGAAAGAAGUGUCCAUCGAUGAUCUGGUUACUAACAUCAUCAGAGGAAAUCUGCUCCCUGACGUAGCAGUGUGGGUGACCUCCAGACCGGGAGUGGCGUCACUUAUCCCUGGAGGACUGGUUGACAGGGUGACUGAGAUCCCAGGAUUCAGCCCAAAGGACAUCCAACUCUUCCUGAACCACCACUUCUCUGAGAGGGAUUUUGCCGCUAAAAUAUGGGCGCACUUGGAGUCGCAUAAGAUCUUAAUGGUGAUGUGCUACAUACCGUGCAUUUGCUGGAUAGUAGCUGACACUCUGAUGUACAUCAUGCAGAGUGAAGCACAAGAGAGCCUCCCAAAGACUUGCACUGAGCUUUAUGCUCACUUUUGCUCCAUGAAGGCAGAAGUAGGUGAGCCAAGAGGCAGGGAACCUGUGAAGAUGGAGCAGCUCCAUGGGAGCAAUCGUAAACUGCUGGGAAACCUUGGACGACUGGCGUUUUAUGGCCUCCUCAAACACAAGUUCACCUUCAGCGAGCAGGACCUCAGGGCCUAUGGGAUAGAUCUCCUGUUAACUCAGUGCAGUCUUGGUAAUGGAGUUCUUGUUCGGGAGGAGUCGGCCAUAAACACAAUAUACCGCUUCACUCAUCUGACCCUACAGGAGUUUCUUGCGGCUACUUUCUACCACAUCUCCUCCAAGCGGGCCAUCUUUGACUUAUUCUCCGAGAGCACUAUGUCUUGGCCCAAGAUCGGCUUCCAGAACCACUUUAGAAGUGCCUUUCAGCACUCACAACAGGCUGACGACGGUCACUUGGAUGUGUUUGUCCGCUUCCUGACAGGCCUGCUGUGCCCAAUGGCGCAAAAACCUCUCGCUGGGCUUCUGGCUCUCGGGAAAGAUGAUGGCAACCAGAAAGUGUGGGCAGCAGGGUUUCUACAAGGCCUCUUGGUCAGUGGGGGUGCAGUGGUGUCCUUGCGUGCAGUUAACCUGGCUUACUGUAUGCAGGAGCUGCAACACACAGAGCUGCUGCGGAGUGUAGAGGAAGAUUUACAGCUCGGUAGCCUAGCAGGGAAGUUAACACGGGCUCACUGUGUGGUGCUGGGAUACCUGCUGCACGUGUCUCCAGAGUGCAGUGAGCAAACCAACCUGACAGGCUCUCUGAACUACUCCACGGUGAAGUGCUUGCUCCCACAGCUGCUGUACUGCGGCUAUCUCAGAUUAGAGAACAAUAACUUCAAAGAUGAUGUCAUGGAGCUGCUGGGAAGCCUCCUGAGUGCUAAAGACUGCCAUAUCCAGAAAAUAAGUUUGGCAGAAAACGCUAUCAGCAACAAAGGUGCAAAAGCCCUGAGUCGAGCCCUUUUGGUGAACCGGACGCUAACUUCUCUCAAUCUCCGCAACAACAACAUUGGCUCGAAAGGUGCAAAGUUUCUGGCAGAAGCUCUGAAAAUGAACCAAGUCCUGGUAUCAGUCAACUUCCAGAACAACACAAUUGAGGAGGAAGGUGCUCAGGCUCUUGCAGAAGUGCUGCACUGCAACCGCAAACUGGUGUCUCUGAACUUACGGAAGAAUACCAUCGGAGCGGGAGGAGCCAAAAAGAUUGCAGAGGCACUGAAGAUGAACCGCACCCUCACAAAGCUGAUUCUUUGUAGCAACCAGCUUGGGGACAAAGGGACAAUCCCUCUGGCGGAGGCUUUGACAGUCAACCACACGCUGCUCUCUCUUCAACUUCAGAGUAACUCAAUCAGCAACAGGGGGAUGACAGCCUUGACCAAAGCACUCAGGCUGAACCGCGGCCUUGUCUCCCUCAAUUUGAGGGAGAACUCCAUCGGAGUGGAGGGAGCAAAGAACAUGGCACAUGCUCUCCACGAGAACAACUCCCUACAGGACCUUGAUCUCACAGCCAACCUGUUGCAUGAUGAAGGGGUUCAAGCUAUAGCUGGUGCAAUCAAGUCUAAUCAAGGUCUCACCUCUCUGCAUCUCCAGUGGAACUUCAUCAAGUCCUCCGCCACUAAAGCUCUGGCUCAUGCUCUCCUCAACGCCACAAUGCAGCUCUUGGAUCUUCAGGAGAAUGCUAUUGGGAAUGAAGGCGUCAUUUUCCUUGCCGAAGCUCUGAAGACCAACACGUCCCUGCAUACAUUAUGUCUCCAGGGAGUCUCCGCGAGCACAAGUGGCGCCAUUGCAAUGGCAGAGGCUCUAAUGGCAAAAACCCUGCAAACUUUAGAUCUGCGUGGGAACACUGUGGGGAUGGAGGGAGCGAAGGCUCUGGCUAACGCACUGAAAAGCAAUAGAAGCCUCAAGUCUUUGAAUCUGCAGGAGAACUCUCUGGGUAUGGAUGGAGCCAUAUUCAUUGCAACGGCCUUGAAGGGAAACCACCAUCUGACAUACAUCAAUUUGCAGGGGAAUGGAAUUGGAGAAUCAGGAGCAAAGGUCAUAUCUGAUGCUAUCAGAGCCAACGCUCCGGGCUGUGUGGUGGAUAUCUGACGCAUUGACAAAAAAAGAAGGUGUAAACUCUGUAAAUAAGUUAAACUUUACCUGUAUGUUGGUACUGAAAAUCACUCUGUAAAUGUUUCACUGUAAGAUAGAUAUUCACAUAUUUAUUAUGACAUUAUUAUUGAAAAAGCAGUUGCCAUAGGGAAGGACAUAAAGGUUUGACACAAACGCAAACAAGAAUGGUACCUUUUUUAUGCAAAUAUACUCGGCUGCUUCCCUCUGCUUUUUCUGUACAUUUGCCCUUUUUGCAUAAAUGAUAUGGUGUAUAAAAAUAAAAUUCAAUCAUCUUAACAAGGGCAAAGAUCCGUCAUCCUGCUGUGCUGACAUCAUGUGAUUAAUGAUGAAAUACUCAUACAUAACUUCUAAGUAAUCUCCAUCUGCUAUUUGAUUUAUUAUGUCAGCCUAACACCAGUUGUAUACCAGAAAUACUGACAUGACUUCAUGCCCAAAAUAACAUUGACAAGAUGUACAAGUUAUGAUUUUCCUCCAUCACUUCUAUACUUGUUGUAUUGGAACAUAUUUUUCCAUUUUUUUAAACAAAUCUUUUUGUUUGACUCAAAAUAGAAUUUACUUUUACUAUUUGUGUUAUAUUACAUCCUAUCAAAAUGUUGCAUCAUAUUCAAUAGAUUUAAGCAGAAUAGGAAGGCAACAAAAAAAUGAAAGUUUUAGCAUGCCAUGCAUCAUAUUCACUAAUGCCUUUGUGACGUUAUUCACUGAGUUUUAUUAGUAUGUGCUCCAGGGCCAGAAGCAAAGAAAAACAAAUAAGCAUCUUUUUUUCCAACCCACAGGAGGAAAUGUUUGUUGUAAUAUAAAGAAAAGUUACAGUUUU